UCUCUGCCUAUCAUCCAUCACCUCAACUAUAAACCCACAAAAAACCCUUUUCUUUCUACCUGGACUGCGGCGAUGGAUCCUGAUACGGUAGCGAAGUCGUUCGUGGAGCACUACUACUCAACAUUCGACACAAAUCGGGCCACUCUCGCUAACCUCUACCAGGAUUCCUCCAUGUUAACGUUCGAAGGUCAGAAGAUUCAGGGAUCUUCCAACAUCGUUGCCAAGCUGACGUCACUCCCCUUCCAACAGUGCAAGCACAGCAUCACCACCGUUGACUGUCAGCCCUCUGGCCCUUCCGGCGGCAUGCUUGUUUUCGUUUCCGGUAACCUCCAACUCGCCGGCGAACAACAUGCUCUCAAGUUCAGUCAGAUGUUCCAUCUAAUGCCGACACCACAGUCAAGCUUUUAUGUUCUCAAUGACAUUUUCCGGUUGAAUUAUGCUUGAGCCUGAACAGGUUACAUCUGUAACCUUAUUGGAGCAGAAAUUUGGUUUUGAUUGUUUAAUUUUUCCCUUUUGGUAUUUUCAUCAAAACUACGAACUUCAAUUGGGGGAUACAUGAAAUUAUGCAUUUUUGUCCUUGCUUUAUGGUAUGUUUAAAGAGAUCAAAUUUUGAAAUACGCAUCUUCAUGUUUUGUUUUGUGCA